GUCGUCGUGGUCCUUAUUUCUAUUUCUAAAGAAUCCUCACUCGCACCAGGAAUGCCAUGGAAUCGUGGUGGCCGUGUGGCUCCGAUUGGGCCCGGUUGUGCACAAUCCUCACAACCCCACCAUGCCACAAAUCCGUGAAGAUUGCACAAUGUAUGAACCUUGAUUUAUUCCUAGACUUUGGAACAAAGCUGCCUCUGAUUGUGGGUCCAAUCAGUUCGCCCCGCUUGCCACCCCGCUUUCCGCUGCAUCAUCUGCAUUUAAGCACAGAUUUCUAUCAUUCAAGCGUGAUUUCCAGUUGUCGGAAAUGUUUUCUAGCGAUUAGGGGUGUGGAGCGAGCAGCAGCGAGCGUUGUUUGGAACGCUGAGAAGUCCAGGUUUGCUACGGAGGAUGGACUGGCUUAUUUGGACUAUGUCAUGUUGAAUCCGGCCGUGGGAGCAGGCCAAAGCGCGGCCGAGCCUGCCAAAGAAGUGAUGGAUUUGGUGCACACCUAUGUUCCUGUUUCGAAACGAGGGCUGGGGUUGGCAGGAGAGCUUUGCAAGGCGGCUUUCGCUCAUGCCAGAAAGCAUAAGCUGCUCGUGCAACCAACGUGCAGCUACAUCUCAGAUACAUUCAUUCCUCGCCAUCCAGAGUGGUGGGAUGUUGUGGUUCCUGAAUGCUUGCCAUCAGAUCAUGAAAAACCAGUUGGUCAUAUGUAGGUUCCAUGCAGCGUUCAGGUUUAUAAUGUGCAUAUCAUAUCGUUUUGUGCAUUUCACCUUCUUGUUUAUCGCUCCAAUGGUUUCCUGCUUAUGAUGUUGUAAAUCUUCUGUAAACUUUCGGCGAACUCUUUGCUUCUCGAUGCUUCUUUCCUAUCAUUCAUGUAUAACGUGAAUUAUCGUUAUAAUCUCUAUAAUUGUUCUUGUCC